AUGUCGGCCGACAAGAACAUCCGCGCGACGAAACGCUUCAUCACCGGCCACGACAAGGAGGGCCGAGAGAUCUUCCACGACGAGGUGGACGAGGCAGCGCCCAUGGUGCGGCUGCCGGGGGACGCCGACUUCGCGCUCUGCUACGCCACCAAGGGCUACCCGAUCGACAUGUCGGACAACAAGGACAUCGCGACGUACCAGAGCUACCUGACGGAUCUGCCGGGCAUCACCAUCUCGGGCGGGUCGGUGCUGCGCAUGGUCGACAUGCCGCCCGGGGCGACGUCGCCCAUGCACCGCACCGUCAGCCUCGACUACGGCGUCGUGCUCGAGGGCGAGAUCGAGCUGAUGCUCGACUCGGGCGAGAAGCGCGUCAUGAAGCGCGGCGACAUCAGCAUCCAGCGCGGCACGAACCACGCAUGGCGGAACCUGAGCGACACGCAGUGGGGGCGCAUGGUUUACAUCCUGCUGCCGGUGCAGCCCAUCAAGGUUGGCGACCAGGUGCUGGGCGAGGCCAGCGACAUUCCGGGGGUCAAGCCGUCCGAGUAG